AUGGGUUUGCGAGGUACUGGCUUUCUCCUUCAGUGUUACCUGAUGUUGGCAGUAGGCAUGUAUUUUGAUCUCGGGGAACUAGAAGAAAAAUGCAUCAUUGAGGAGAUUCCUGAAGACACGCUGGUAACCGGAUAUUUCUUGUUGGAGCCUUGGGAUUUGACGGCCUCCACCCACUCCCCUCACCUCGGCGUCACUGUGACAGUCAGAGACCCAAACCAUGAGGUUUUGAUGACCAAACGUUACGGUAAAUUUAGUAAAUUUACCUUCACAGCUCACGCCUCCGGUCAGCACUACCUUUGCUUUCAAACCAACUCCACAAGGUUUUCUGUCUUUGCUGGAGAAAAGCUGAAGCUACAUUUGGACGUUCAGAUGGGAGAGCACUCAAUUGACCCCAAUGUUGACAGGACCAAACACAACAUGGAGAGUCUAGAGAGCAACCUCAAUCAUCUCAUUGAUCAAAUGACGCAUAUCACGAGGCAACAGGAGUACCAGAGGGAGAAAGAAGAGACAUUUCGUCAAAUCAGUGAGGACACCAACAGUAAGGUCUUGUGGUGGGCCGUGGUGCAGACCUCCAUUCUUCUAUCAGUUGGUUUCUGGCAGAUGAAACGACUCAAAGAUUUUUUCAUCGCCAAGAAGCUGGUCUGA